UGAGGGUGGAGACCCUUUACUGCACUCGACCCUCCACAGCCCAGCCACUCCACUGCCUCUGUGCUUCAGCUGAUGGUCAGACGUUCGUCCUCAGUGCAGGUCAACAGCUGGUAAAGUCAUGUCUGCUUUUCUGCAUCACUGCCCGUUCCUGAAGUCCGCUCCGGGUCCGGCCCUGAGGAACGUCGGGGGAUUUCUGGGUCUGGCUGACCAGUGCCCCAUCAUCGUACGCCAGAUUACAGUGAAGGGAGAUCAGAGCAAGGAGGAAAAAGGUCUGCUGCCCCAUAAGGAAGUGAAGCGGCACCUGGCCGUCUCCGCCGCUCAGGUGGCCGUGUCCUUGACCAAGUCCUGUCCCUUUGUGACCUCUAAGAUUGGACUGGUCAAGGCCAGUCCUCAUGUGCAGGAGGACGUCCAGCCUGAACUGACCCACACUCACGAGGAGGAAGUCGCCUCAGGAAUGGUCAACUCUCUGUUUUCUGGACUUCAGGGACUUCACUCAUCCGCCCCCUCUCACCUACUCAAGGAUAACAUGGUUGGACCCAGUUUCGAGUAUGAUAACUUCUUCACCCAGAAGAUCGUUGAGAAGAAGGAUGAUCACACGUACCGUGUGUUUAAGACGGUGAAUCGCUAUGCGGAUGUCUUCCCCUUCGCUGAAGACUAUUCUGUGACUGGAAGAUCCACCUCCCAGGUGUCUGUCUGGUGCAGCAACGAUUACCUGGGCAUGAGCCGCCAUCCACGAGUCGUUAAAGCUAUACGGGGAGCUCUGGAAAAACAUGGUGCUGGAGCAGGAGGCACCAGAAACAUCUCUGGAACCAGUAACUACCACGUGUCUCUGGAGAAGGAACUGGCUCUUCUUCAUCAGAAAGAUGCAGCCCUCGUCUUCUCCUCCUGCUUUGUGGCCAACGAUUCCACCCUUUUCACUCUGGCCAAAAUGCUUCCAGGCUGUGAAAUCUAUUCAGAUAUGGGGAACCACGCCUCCAUGAUUCAGGGCAUCAGGAACAGCGGAGCUAAACGCUUCAUCUUCCGCCACAACGAUGCCAGACACCUGGAAGAGCUGCUCAGUCGCUCUGAUCCACGCACCCCAAAGAUCGUGGCCUUCGAGACAGUGCACUCUAUGGAUGGAGCGAUCUGCCCUCUGGAGGAGCUGUGUGACGUUGCGCACAAAUACGGUGCUCUGACCUUUGUGGACGAGGUUCAUGCAGUUGGUCUGUACGGAGCACAUGGAGCCGGAGUCGGAGAGAGAGAUGGAGUCAUGCACAAGAUCGACAUCGUCUCGGGAACACUGGGUAAGGCGUUUGGCUGUGUUGGGGGCUACAUCGCCAGCACUGCUGCGCUGGUGGACACGGUGCGCUCCUUCGCUGCAGGGUUUAUCUUCACCACCUCCCUGCCCCCCAUGGUUCUGGCUGGAGCUUUAGAGUCUGUGAGGGUCCUGAAGAGUCCAGAGGGUCAGGCCCUGCGUCGCUCCCACCAGAGAAACGUCAAACACAUGAGACAGCUGCUGCUGGACGCAGGGCUACCUGUCAUCAACUGCCCCAGCCACAUCAUCCCCAUACGGGUUGGAAAUGCCGAGAAAAAUUCCCGAGUGUGUGACAUCCUGCUGGAGAGACACAACAUCUACGUUCAGGCCAUCAACUAUCCCACUGUUCCUCGAGGAGAAGAGCUGCUGAGACUGGCUCCCUCCCCUUUCCACGACCCCAUCAUGAUGGACUACUUCGCAGAGAAACUGGUGGACGUAUGGCAGGAGGUUGGGCUGCCACUGAACGGACCUGCGACGGCCUCCUGCACCUUCUGCGAUCGCCCUCUCUACUUCGACCUGAUGAGCGAGUGGGAGAAGAGCUACUUUGGGAACAUGGAACCGCAGUAUAUCACAGUUUCUGCCCAAUAAGGUUGACAGAGGGGGACAGAGUAAAAAACACAAAGAGUGCGUAGAAUGACGCCGGGCAUAUGUGGCAUGAAUCCUCCUUUCUUUUCUGGACCACUUUACUUUCCUGAGGUUAACUGGUACAAGAAAUAAAACAAGACUGCGCUCAUCCUCA